AGGGACAGAAUGGCGUCGACCAGCCGUGGAGAUGCUCUUCCCAAGGUGCAAUGCCCCAAUCACCCUGAAGCCAUACUGGUGGAGGACUACAGGGCAGGGGAUAUGAUCUGUCCAGAAUGUGGCCUGGUGGUAGGUGACCGUGUUAUUGACGUCGGCUCAGAGUGGAGGACGUUCUCGAACGAGAAAGCCACCAAAGACCCUUCACGUGUUGGUGACGCUCAGAAUCCUCUCCUGAAUGGAGGAGAUCUCACUACCAUGAUCAGCAAGGGAACAGGAGCCGCGAGCUUCGAUGAGUUCGGCAACUCCAAGUACCAGAACCGUAGAACCAUGAGCAGCUCUGACAGAGCCAUGCUGAACGCCUUCAAAGAGAUCACCACCAUGGCCGACCGGAUCAACUUGCCUAGGAACAUCGUAGAUCGCACAAAUAACUUAUUUAAGCAAGUUUAUGAGCAGAAGAGCCUUAAGGGCAGGAGUAAUGAUGCCAUCGCCUCAGCCUGCCUGUACAUCGCCUGCAGACAGGAGGGAGUCCCCAGAACAUUUAAAGAGAUCUGUGCCGUGUCCCGGAUUUCGAAAAAGGAGAUCGGCCGAUGCUUUAAGCUCAUCCUGAAGGCUCUGGAGACGAGCGUGGAUCUGAUAACCACAGGAGACUUCAUGUCCCGCUUCUGCUCCAACCUGGGCCUGCCCAAACAGGUUCAGAUGGCUGCCACCUUCAUCGCUCGGAAGGCGGUGGAGCUGGACCUGGUCCCGGGCCGCAGCCCCAUCUCUGUGGCAGCAGCCGCCAUUUACAUGGCCUCUCAGGCCUCAGCCGAGAAAAAGACGCAGAAAGAAAUUGGAGAUAUCGCAGGUGUGGCUGAUGUGACCAUCCGUCAGUCGUACAGACUGAUCUACCCUCGAGCCGCCGACCUCUUCCCUCCAGACUUCAAAUUCGACACACCGGUGGACAAACUGCCUCAGCUGUGAAACAUCCACACACACCUACUGCUCUUUCUACUAGGAUGAUGUUCUUUUUUCUUAUUGGGUUGAAAAGGUUUGCUCUUCCCCUGAGGUGACAUUAAGCCUUUUGGAAAGGCGCUGAGCAGGGAUUUAACAAAGUACAGCAGACACAUUCCAAGGUUUAACGCAGAUUGCAGACUGUACUUAACCGAAUUUCAUCCGAGUGUAUAUAUUUUGUAUAUAUGUCCAAGUGAGGAUUUAAUUGGUGGUUGCAACUAAGCGGAUUUCUUACUGUAAACAUUUUCUUUUGUAGGAAAUGAGUGAGUUAUUUUGUUAGCGUGUUUGCAUUAUAUUUAGUAAUUUAAACAAUAAAUGCUUUUCAAAAAAGCAUGUUGGAUAUCUCAUGAAUUUGAAAAAAAAUGUUAAGUUGUUAAAAAAUAAUGUGGCAAAGCAUUUGAAUCAGUUGAUUAUGUAUCUGUAUCACGUGAAUGGCAUUUAAACAUCAUUAUUUCCCCUUGGAA